CCUGGAAGGAGAGGCUAAGGCUUGCCUGUGAGAUUUUGGGGCAGAUAGCAAUGAAAUGAUGCCUUCAACGAAAGAAAUAUGGAUUUCAUCUGAACCCUCACUGUCUAAACCAAAUGCAAUUUUAACUACAAAGGAAUGAGAAAAGGGAUGGACGACCAAGUAUGUGGGUUUUAGGGUUUCCAUUGAGGAUUAUCUAAUCAACCAUGUGUGAUCCAAUAGAUAAAACUAUUCAAACAAACUUUGCCUCAAUAUUUACACUUUCACGAGGCGCUUUUAAUCUUUGAUUUACAGCAGUAUGUCUUCUUAAAGUUGUCUUAAGAGAAUGACACUUACACAUUGUCAUUAUCUUUGAGGAACAUUUACCUCGUCCUGUCACUGCUGUGUCUCACUGCUAUGCUGCUGAAGCCCGAUUCCACAGGGAGGUACAGCAAACAAGGAGCAGCCGAAAAGGAAAAAGAUGCAGCCUCUUAACCCAUGGCGACAUGGCAUACAGGUUCCUCUCAAGCCGGAUCGUGCCAUCUUCUAAUAGGUUCAGCAAACGAUUUGUUUUCUUGUUCAUGCUUUCGUUGUCCUUUACGUAUUUAUGCUACAGCAUUCUUUAUUGUGGUAGUACAAUCAUGACAAACCAGACUUUUGAGGAGAGAAGUUGCCUCCAUCACAAGAAUGUAGGUGGCAAAAAACUUCUGCAAAAAUUACGUGAUUGCACUUUCCCCACGGACAUGAGGAUUGUCGUCAAUGAGACUCUGACUCAACAAGGAUCAAAUCAUGCUCGUAACCAAAGUAUACAUUCUGCCUUUUCUAGUACUCACGCACGGAAUACUGUCUUUUCUGAAGUUAUGUUAAAUAAUAUUACUGUUGCACAAAAAUAUGGCAACAAGAAGUUACCGAACGCACUAAUUGUCGGUGUGAAAAAGGGGGGCACUAGGGCGGUCCUGGAGUUCAUUCGAAUUCAUCCGGAUGUGCGCGCGCUCGGAACAGAGCCACACUUUUUCGAUAGGAACUAUGACAGGGGACUUGAUUGGUACAGGGGGCUAAUGCCAAGGACACUAGACAGCCAAAUCACCCUGGAGAAGACCCCCAGCUACUUUGUAACCAGAGAGGCUCCGAGGCGCAUUGCCAGUAUGUCCCAAGACACCAAGCUGAUUGUGGUGGUGCGUAACCCGGUCACCAGGGCCAUCUCUGAUUACACACAGACUCUGUCAAAGAAGCCUGACAUUCCCAGUUUUGAGGAGCUGGCCUUUAAGAACAGGAGCCUGGCUCUGGUGGACACCUCCUGGAACGCCAUUCGCAUUGGCAUGUACAUCCUCCACUUGGAGAACUGGUUGCAGUACUUUCGCUUAUCACAGAUCCACUUUGUGAGCGGCGAGCGUUUGAUCACAGAUCCAGCAGGAGAGCUAGGCCGGGUGCAGGACUUCCUGGGACUCAAACGAAUCAUCACAGACAAGCACUUCUACUUUAACAGAACCAAAGGAUUCCCCUGCCUGAAGAAGCCUGAGAGCAGUAGCCAGCCACGCUGCCUGGGCAAGUCCAAGGGUAGAACUCAUGUGCAGAUUGACCGGGAGGUUAUUGAGCAGCUGCGGGACUUUUAUAGGCCUUUUAAUGUUAAGUUCUAUGAGACUGUUGGACAUGAUUUCAGAUGGGAAUGAAAGUGUGGUGGAAAAAGAGGGCAAACAGGCUAAUUGUCAUUGGCUACCUCAGUGAAGUCAUCUGUUCUUUUGCUGUGUAAUGACUUAUGAUGAGCGCUAGUCCAUGAACACCUGAAAAGCAACCUAAUCUAUCUUAAAAGUUUAAAAACAAUGACGCGCAAACUUAUCAAGGUACUGUGUAUGUACUUCACCGUUAGCUUAAAUAUUCUGCAAUUGAAACAUUUGAAAUAGCUAUAGUAUGUACAUGGUUCACCGCCUAUUUGUUUUCUUAACCAAUAAAAGAGAAAGACAU